CUGGCUUUUCAUGAGGAGGUGACGUUUGACUCACGAUGGCCGCCAUCAGUUGCAGAAGGCACAGGCGCGACUCCAAAUCAAUACACAUGUUAUUUUCUCCGCAAAGGAUGACGCCUUUUACGAUAUUAUGUUCUUUUAUUCUUUUACUUUUUACCGUAGGCCAGUGUUUCGCUGACGACGAUCACGAAAUGGAAGAGUUCUUGAAGCGGGAAUAUUCCCUCACCAAGCCCUAUCAAGCCGUGGGGCCUUUAAGCUCCUCCCACUGGGAACUGAUGGGCGAUGCCAUGGUAACCACGGAGCAGGUGCGACUCACACCUGACAUGCAGAGCAGACAGGGGGCGGUAUGGAGCCGACUGCCUUGUCAUCUGAACGACUGGGAGAUGCAGGUGCACUUCAAGAUUCACGGGAAAGGAAAGAAGAAUCUCAAUGGUGACGGUCUGGCUAUUUGGUACACGAAGGAACGCAUGCAGAAAGGUCCUGUAUUUGGGAACAAGGACAACUUCACUGGUUUGGGAGUUUUUGUGGACACGUAUCCCAAUGAGGAGAAACAGAUAGAGGCACAAAAGAAAAGAUAUACUCCAAGCACGCAGAGGAUCUUCCCUUUCGUUCUCGCCAUGGUGGGCAACGGCACCAUCAGCUAUGACCACGAGCGCGACGGCCGGCCCACCGAGCUCGGAGGUUGCAACGCCAUGGUGCGCAACCUGAAGCACGACACCUUCCUCUUCAUCCGAUACGUCCGGCGCCGGCUGACGGUGAUGAUUGACAUUGAUGGACAACACGAAUGGAGGGACUGCCUGGAUCUGCCUGGCGUGCGGCUGCCCAAGGGCUUUUAUUUUGGCGCCACCGCAAUUACAGGAGACCUUUCAGACAACCACGACAUCAUCUCAUUGAAACUCUACCAAUUGACGGUGCUGCGGAGCAAACAGGAAGAGGAAGACCAGGAGGAGGAAAUCACAAUUCCCAGCGUGGAUAACAUGGAGCUGCUCAGAUUGGGUCAGACUGAGGAAGGAAUGAGCGGACUAGCUAUUUUCUUCACUGUACUCUUCUCCAUGCUGGGCUGCAUCUUCCUGGUGGUCGUCGGCCUGCUGCUCUACGGCCACUGGAGCGAGAACCGGCGCAAGCGCUUCUACUGAGGAAGGGUGGAUUUGGGUUUGCGCUUGGGGAGGGAACUUCACUGCACUGAGUCCACACCGCGGCUGACAGAUGUUGGUCUGUUUUGAAAAAGACGCUCCGCGUAGCAGGAUCCUGAUGCCGGACUUGGUGCUCAACCUCUUCUCGGCAACCAUUUUGAUUUUUUUAAAGUCUUUUACUGUUGAUUGGGAUUCUCAAACUUUUUGGGUGGGGAGAAUUGUUUUCUAGUACCACAACAUAAUCCGAACACCUACUGAACAGAACUACCAUAUGCAUCCUCAAAUGCCAGAAAGAUUCAAAGUUGUUGUUUACAGGAAGAAAGAAGUUAUGCUUUGAGAAUAAAGUUGUAUUUUUUCAAGAAAAAAAAUUAUCUUGACCAGAGCAAAAUAAGUGCUUGUAGAGAUAAAUAAUCUGACUAAAAUAAAAUUGCGAUAUGAGGGUCAAUAUUUUGGGUGCCUUUGGUGUCCUCAUCAGAAUCAGUCAUCAUGAAAACAUAGUAAAUAGCAAAACACAGAGGUCUUCUUUAAAUUAACAUCGCCAAACAUUUGCAUGCACAACCAGUCCAAUGAUAAGUCUCUCACAAUGUGUCCGUCCUUCGUUUUAUUCAGUUAAUUUUUGUUUGUUUUUACACGCGCGUGAUAUUGACAAGUCCCACUCUGCUAACAAUGCUGCGUAAAUAUUCCCCACAGCAACAUAUCGAUCAAAAAUGUGUGUCAUUUUGAGGAGAUAUAUUCUGUUUUCAUGUUUGUGCAACAGUAUGGUCAGGUUGGUAAAUGAAUCAUGUUGCCAAGUGAAGGGCCAACAUUAUCUCGUAACUUGCUAACAGCCCAAAAUGUCCGCUAUCAUCCACCGUGUCAACACGUUUACUUAUUUUGGCGUUUGUAUGUGUAUCGUCUGCCUGCAGUUAAUUUAUUUUUAUUUUUUAAUCGAAAGGGGCUUUAAGAUGAUACAUUGACUCUAAAAUUGUGUGUUUAGUGGGAUUAUUACUUUAUGUUCAAUGUGCUGUAAAGUGAUUUGUUGGAGCUGUUGUGAAGGCGCGAUAUCAAUAAAA